AUGGCUAGCAUCAUUGCAUGUGUGGGUAACAGCCAGAGGCAAAACACACCCUGGCCACCUUGGGCCCAUUCAAUUUUGAGGUCUCUGGGGAGGAGUCUUGGUCCUUUAAGUGUCAACAUGGCAGAAAGAAAUGUGAAAUUGUUCUCAGGGAGAGUGGUGCCAGCCCAAGGGGAAGAAACCUUUGAAAUGAUCCAAGUCAAUGGGGUCCUGCCCAAUUGGAGUAUGUCUGAGGAGGAAAAGCUCAAGUGCUUGAUGAAAACCUUUAGGGGCCCUGCCAGGGAGGUCAUGCGUUUGCUCCAGGCUGCCAACCCCAAUCUAAGAGUGGCUGAUUUCUUGUGGGCAAUGAAAUUGGUGUUUGGGGAGUCUGAAAGCAGUGUCGCUGCCCAUGGUAAAUUUUUUAACACUCUGUAGGCACAAGAGAAAGCCUCCCUUUAUGUGAUUCUUUUAGAAGUGCAGCUUCAGAAUGCUAUUCACGCAGGGAUCAUAGCUCAGAAAGAUGCAAACAAGACUUGCCUGCACCAGCUCCUUUUAGGAGCUGAGCUGAAUAUGGACCUGCAUUUUAAGCUGAAACAUCUUCUUAGGAUGUAUGCAAAUGAUCAAGAGCAUCGUCCUAAUUUUUUGGAGUUAAUCAAGAUGAUAAGGGAGGAAGGGGAUUGGAAUGACACUUUUAUGAAACCGAAGAGACUCAAAAGGUCUGGGCUAAUCUUGGAGAGGGCAGCAAGCCACAUGGCAUUUCAGGGCCCUCAGCCAAUAGCAAUCAGCAAUGAUGACUGCAAUGUGAUAGAGGUAGAUGAUACUCUUGAUGACUCAAAUGAGGAUGUGAUCCUAGUUGAGUCUCAGGACCCUCCACGUACAUCCAUGGAUGUCCCUCCUCUCAGAGGCAGGACCAGAUGUCUGGAUCAAAUAGUGGUUAUUGAUUCUUCCAGCAGUUCUGUGGCUCAAUCUCUUUCUACCAGUGGGGGUUCUGGGUAUAAGAAUGAUGGUCCUGGGGAUAUGCGUAGAGCCAGGAAGCGAAAAUACACAGUCUUCUGUUCGUAUUGUGGUGAGGAGGGCCACUCAAAGGAAACCUGUGACAGUGAGAGCAACAAGGCUGAGGUGUUUGAGAAUCUGAUCAUCAUUCUGCAGGAGCUGACACAUACAGAAAAGGAGAGGUCAAAGGAAGUCCCUAGCAGACACAAUGACCUCUCUGGGCCUCUAGAUGCUUUCUUCUGCCUCCGCCUGGCUCCUCAAAGUCAACAGCCAUUGUUUGCCUUUGAAUGGACUGAGUCCAUUACAGGGCGCCAGCUGCAGCUGACCCGGACACAACUUCCCCAAGGCUUCAAGAACUUGCCCACUCUUUUUGGGGAAGUACUAGCUGCCGACCUCAUCGACUUUCUGAGGGAAAUCACAGGGUGUGUCCUCCUCCAAUAUGUAGACGACCCCCUCCUUGCCAGCGACACCCAAGAAAACUGUAUGAAAGGUACCAAGGCCCUCCUGCAGCUCCUAUCCUACUUGGGAGUUAAGAAGGCCAACUCAGAAGAACCCACAACCUGGCAAAGUGAUCCAGAUCCAGUCAACCUGCUUAAACUGACCCUCAAAAAGACACUGGCCCCUGAGACCUUCAGUCCUACUCCUGCCACACCCCAGAAACUGGCUGGCCUGUGCGGCAGAAGCUUGAAGAAUCAAUCCCUGGGUGAGAAAACGGAGGUGGUUGGCCUGAAGUGCCGGGCCUUUCCAGCUCCUGGAAUCCCUGAUUCCACGCGUCGAGGGCGGGUGGGCGGAGGUUCAGUUCCUCCUCCGCUCCAGCAGGGGGCGCAGGAAGCGACUUCCCGCCGCCCUUCUCUUCCCGGCGGGCGCCAGGCGGAUAGCAGGAGUAGCGAGCUGCGAGCGCAGUGGGCGGGACGUUCGGCGGUGGCUCUGUGCUGCGCUGCGCUUACUGGGCUGGGCCGGGCAACGGCGGUGACGGAGACGGCUGUAGAGGCCGAGGCGCUGACCGGGUCGUCAGCCGCCUGCUGUGGUCUCUAG